AUGGCGCACCUCAACACCCCAAAGACGCCUUAUCGCGACAUCAACGUCAAGAUCGCCAACGAUUCUUAUACCUUCACUUCUCCAUCUUCGCCUGAUGCGCCCACUCUUGUUAUCGAUCGACCCACCGGCGAUGUUCGCCUGACUGAUGGCAGUGCCGCUUCUGCCAAGAGAACAACUCGCGUUUCUAGCAUCGCUGGUAUUCUGGGAAUUAUCCAGCUUCGUCUUGACAAGUAUGUCAUCUUCAUCACAAAGGCUCAGCCCGUUGGCCGCCUCAAAGGCCACAUGGUCUACAAGGUCGCUGCCACCGAGAUCAUGCCCAUGCGCGAGCGCUUGAUCCACGACCCCGAUGAGGAUGUCUUCAUUCAGCUUCUCAAGAACUUCCUUGCUUCAGGACCCAUGUACUUUUCUUACUCAAUCGACUUGACCAACUCUUUCCAACGCCAAGCCCAAGCCGACAUUUCCAAGCCCCUUUGGAUGCAGACUGACGAUCGAUUCUUCUUCAACAAAUAUCUUCAGAACGACUUAAUUGACUUCCGCACCCGAGGUUCUCGAUCGCAGUCUGGCGCACAGCCCGGCGUCGACCCCUAUAUCCUACCAUGCAUCUUUGGCAUGCUCGAGAUUAAGCCCACUACAUUCAAGGGCAACCCCCUAACCAUGGUCCUGAUCACUCGCCGAUCGCGCCACCGUGGAGGCACUAGAUACUUUACUCGUGGUGUAGACGAUGAGGGCCAUGUCGCCAACUACAACGAGACAGAACAGGUCAUUAUCCUCAAUGACAGCAACAGUGGUCUUGGUGGGUAUGCAGGUAGCUCGGAUAUGCAGAGCGGAAAAUUUGGCGCUGGCGCCAGCCAGGAGAUGCAGAUCUUCUCCUAUGUUCAAACCCGAGGCAGUGUCCCUACAUUUUGGGCUGAGAUCAACAGCUUGCGAUAUGUCCCUAAGCUUGAGAUUCGAGGCAUUGACACAGCUCUCACUGCCGCACAGAAGCAUUUUGAUGAGCAGAUCCGCCUGUAUGGUGACAACUACCUGAUCAACUUGGUUAACCAAAAGGGUCGAGAGGCUCGGGUCAAGGACUCGUACGAGAAGAUGGUGGAGAAGCUUGUUUCCGCACCCAGGGAACGACGAGAAGCAGACCUGCUCACAGCAGAGAAGUUCACCACCAUCCAGCCCGAGAGCAAGCAUCAAGAAUUUGACCGCCUGCACUACGUGUACUUUGAUUACCACAGUGAGACCAAGGGCAUGAAGAUGCACAAGGCUUAUGCUCUGAUUGACAAGUUGGCCGAGGCUCUCGAGAAACAGGGUUAUUUCCGUGCUGUUGACACUCCGUCCAAUGUCGAUGGUAAGCUCGACGCCCGCAGCUACCAGACCAGUGUCAUGCGUACCAACUGCAUGGACUGCCUGGACCGAACCAAUGUUGUCCAGAGCAUGUUCGCUCGACACAAGCUUGACCGCAUCUUUGAAGAUGUUGGCUUUAUGCCCCGUGGUUCUUCAUUCCGUGACGAGGAUGCUGCUUUCGAGGACAUGUUCCGUAACCUCUGGGCUGACAACGCCGAUGUUGUCUCCAACUCCUACUCUGGCACUGGCGCCAUGAAGACAGAUGUCACCCGUACAGGAAACAGAACCAAGGUUGGAGCUCUUCAAGAUGCUCGUAUUGGUGUCACACGUUACUUCCGUAACAACUUCUUCGACGGCCCUCGCCAGGAUUCCUUCGAUCUCUUCCUUGGAACCUACCGACCUGGCUCGGCGAACAUCGGCACUACUCUGGUGUUUACCGACCGUCGUCCGAUCUUGAUCCAGUCUAUUCCGUACAUUCUCGCCUUCAGCGUCUUUAUCAUCCUGACUGGCCUCUUUACACGCCGUGCCCCUGACGCGAGCGCCUUGCCCCUUCGCAUCUUCCUUUUCUUCUGGAUGGCCAUCGCUGCCUGGUCUUUCUACUUUAUCUGGAACCACGGCAUGCUUUACGUUAACUGGCCCCGCCUCAACCCCAGGCCGUUUGCCGUCGAGGGUUACAACGAGCACUUCGCAAAGGCGCGCAAGGACUCUGUCAUUGGAACAUACGUGGCGAAGCACGAGAGAGGCCUCAGCACGGCUAGAUAUCUUAAUGCUGAGGAGGGCAAGAAGAGGAUUGAAUAG